GGCACUCUCUGAGGCUGAACCGCUGCAUUACGCGCAUGGACGGCGGAGCGUCUUGUGAUGUCAUCUAAUUACCCCACUGUGGUAUUAAGCUUAGCACUCGUCCUGCUAAAUCUCCAACUGCGCGAACAAGCUUCUGGAAUAUCGCGUACUCAUUCCACCAAAGGCGGCGGAAUAUAAUUAUAAUUUCUUUCUCAUAGCCAGAUACCGACACUGAUACCGAUAACCACCAUGUCAAAAUACAGAAGCACUCCCCUCUACGGCGGCGCCAUCACCUGCGACUUGCCGAAACACUUUGCAGAUGUCAGCAAACUGCGACAAGUCCCCGACAACCAGGAAGUCUGGAUCGACAAGGAUGGCUUCACGAGCAUCAUCUUCGAGAUCACAGAGCGCGUUGGAGAGCCCGGAUCCGGCCCCGAGAUUGACGGCCGCGCCAUGACCACACAUCUGGAGGACAUGGUCGGCUCGGACAUCAACACGGUCAAGAUCUGGAACACGGCCGAGACCGAGUUCUCGCGCAUGCAAGAGUUGAAACACCCCGCAUACACCCUCAUCGCAACGCAGACCCCCAACGCCAGCCACUCCAGCGACCAAAGCUCCGCUCCAGACUUCACGGCCCUCACCAUGACUCUGCUGCGCCUCGAAGAGCAGGACACAGAUAUUCUCAUCACCAUCAACGUGCCUCACAUCAGAGGAGAGUACGACGCCGAGGAGGUUGAUCUGGAGCUGGGCAAGCAGGGCAAGCUUAUCGGAGACGCUGUCGAGAUUGCAGCUCGCAUCUGGGAAACUUUUGUCAUCAAGGACUGGGGGCUUUUCGGCCAGGCCAAGAACCAUUAAUGCAAGUUCGAUGGACAGGCCUUUUUUACGAGUUAAUGAUUGGUUCACUUUGUUUCAAAAGAGAACAGCGCCGUCUCUCUUUUCUGCUUCAUCUCAGUUAUAAAUCUACGACAAACUCUAAGCCAAGAAAACGUAUAUACUACUGGAUUCAUAGAAUAACAAUCUAGUACUAUUUGAUGUCCUCCAAUACAUAUCCCCCUAAAACCAUGCUUGAAACUUAUAGACGAGGCCUUAUAGAAGGCAACAAAAUCCUGGUACAUAUAUUAUGCCUCCCACUCUAAUCGAUAAGACGCACCUUAGAAUGCCGGGCCAACUUCGG